AUGCAAAAUCCAAUUCCCGACUUAGAAUUUCAUGAUCGUUCACGAGAAUUUUGUGACAUUUUAGUUGGUGCAGAUGGAAUAAAUUCUCCAGUUCGAAAACAAAAAUUACUUGAAUUACAAAUUUUCGAUUAUGGAGUAACACUAAUUAAUGCAGGAGUAGCUGUACCUAAAAUGAAAGUUGAUGAUAAUGAUCCCGUAUCAGUAGUUGAACAUGUUAAAAGGAUGAUUCUAAGAUUUCUUAUAUUAAUAAUACGGGAUUUGGCUUCUAAAACAACUCCCGAUCCAGAAAAAUAUCCAUUUAAAACUUAUAAUCCUGUACAACGAAGAGAUAUUAAUCCGUUAUCUGUAAAUGUAUGGAAAAGAAUGAAGAAUGCUCUUAAAGAUGCUGAAAUUCCUUCUCAAGCAUUAAUUAAUUAUUCUUCAGAAAAUUAUAUUUUUUGUAUUAAAGAAUAUAAAUAUGAAACGUUAAGAUGA